AUGCAGAGGAUACUGAGACAGGUCAGGGCUGAUGCAGAGGAUACUGAGACAGACUCGUUCGCCAACCAGACCGCCGACCUCUUCUCCAACUCCUCGUGCAACCAGUCCACCUCCAACGACUCCUGCCCGGCGCUGGACGAUGGACCGGCCUACGGGAGCCCCUACAAGACCGUGGAGAUGUUUUUUAUCGCCUUGGUGACGGGGUCCCUCAGCCUGGUCACCGUCACGGGCAACAUCCUGGUCAUGCUGUCCAUCAAGGUCAACCGCCACCUGCAGACGGUCAACAACUACUUCCUGUUCUCGCUAGCAUGCGCGGACUUGAUCAUCGGGGUCUUUAGCAUGAACCUGUACACGGUGUACAUUGUGGUGGGGUACUGGCCCCUGGGUCCCGUCGUGUGCGACCUGUGGCUGGCGCUGGAUUACGUGGUGUCCAACGCGUCCGUGAUGAACCUGCUCAUCAUUAGCUUCGACCGCUACUUCUGCGUGACCAAGCCGCUGAGCUACCCGACCCGCAGGACUACAAAGAUGGCGGGGCUGAUGAUCGCGGCCGCCUGGAUCCUGUCCUUCAUCCUCUGGGCGCCCGCCAUCUUGUUUUGGCAGUUUAUAGUCGGGCAGAGAACGGUGCCGCCCGGAGAGUGUUACAUACAGUUCCUGUCCAAUCCCGCGGUCACCUUUGGCACCGCCAUCGCCGCCUUCUACCUCCCGGUGGUCAUCAUGACGGUCCUGUACAUCCACAUCUCCUUGGCCUCCCGCAGCCGAGUGUCCAAGCACAAGACUGAGAAGGACAAGAAGGGCGGAGUCAGGACCCCGAACCUCCUGAAGAGCCACCUGCUGAAGCAGAACAACAACAACGAGCCCAGCCCCGCGGCCGUCCCUGAAGACCCCGCCCCCAAACUGAGCCAGGCCCCGCCCCCUGUCGCCACGGACACCCUGGAGAACGGACAGGUGCAGGAGGAGGGGCGGAGCCAGGGAGCAGCAGGGGGCGGGGCCAAGGGGUCAGCACAGCCCAGCCCCAGACUCACACAGGAGGAGAAGGAGAGCUCCAACGACUCCACCACGGCCAUCAUCCCGCCCUCAGAGCCCAAAGACAGCGCCAACAGCGAGGUGAGAGCAGUGCAUGAUGGGAGAGCUGGCGGACAUGUUUGUUUGGACAGAUGUCACUAA